AUGAGUACUUCUGACAAAUAUACCUAUGAGGUAAUUGACAAUGAGAAUGAUGCACGUAUAUGCGCUCAAUUAUUAGCUGAAGAAUUUGUUGCGAGUAAUUCAAUGAUUAUUUUUGACCAAUUAACACCACAAUAUAUCUUUGAUGAAGAUACAUGGCCAACAAUGGCUGAAAUAUUCAACGAACAAUUAUCAUUUCUCGCACGGCAUCGCCAAUCAGGUGAAAUCAUCGCUACUAUCUGUGUAUGUGAUCUUUAUUUAGCACAAGAAAAACAUCCAUAUGAACCAUCGAGUGCUCCAUCAUUAAUUCCAUAUUUUGAUUUAUUAGAAGAAAUGGAUGACAUAUUUAUUCAUCAAGAUUUUAAACAAGAACUGAAACCAAACAUGGUUUUACAGAUUGUUAUGGGUGCAACUCGAGCAGAACAUUCAGGUAAAGGUGUAGCCACUCGACUACGUACAAUUUUGUAUGAAUAUGCUCGAAAUCUACGAGGAUUUCAGUAUGGAUUAGCACAAACGACUAAUGAAGCAACUCGUCAUAUAUGUGUGAAUAAAAUGGGUGGAAAAGAGUUGACUAUCAUUGAUCCCACAACAUGGAUAUGGAAGAAGAAAAACGAUAAAUUAUGUCCUUAUAAAGAUUAUACGGGUGGACCUAUACCAAAUAUUUUAAUUAAAUUAUGA